GUUCGCUAUUCCAAGGUUCUGUGCUCAGGCAUCAAGGCACGCACAGGCACAAAUGUACGAAAAGGUCGGCAUUUCCGUGUCCACGGCCAAUACUUCUCUGGCAGGAGAGCAACAUGUUGCGCAAUUCUGCAUCACAACAUCGCACCCACUUCGCAGCUGGCUGCUUCUACGGGUAAUUGCAGCCGCCUGUCAUACACUUGAGCAUUUUGACAAGAGCAUUGAAGAUUCACUAUACUGGGUCGUCGAGACAAGCAUUUGCCUAUGUGCUGCGAUAUCCACCCGUGCUCUCUAUAUGACCCCGAACCACAGUGGACAUGAAAUCAGGCUGCGGCACAGGACCCGAACCUCAACUUGUGGUGAGGCUGUAGCGGUGCAUGGAAUCGCCAAAGCGAAGAAAGCGAGCAUUGCCCCACCCGAGGUUCACUUCAUGCAUCUAUCGACCAAUCAGAAGCAGUGUUGGUCGCGAGUAACAGACUUCAGCUUCUCAAAGCCUGCCUUCUCGAGACAGACCGACAACUCAAUGUAGGAGGGCCAAGAUGGUCUUCAGAUCGGUAGAUGAUGUGAAGAGGAUAUAUAAGCUGCCUAGAAUCGCCCUUG